AAAUCUUGUGCCACUACAUCGACAAAAAUGAGAUAUUUUUCACAUGUGUCCCCAUGAACAAACGCAGUAGGUACGUAAUUUCAAACGAUUUAUAAUUGAAAUUACUUGAUAGUUUUAAUGAGUAAUUUGUUGUGAAAGAUUCCGGUAUCUCAUACAGUCUACCAGUAAUUUUUGAAUUCUUCGAAGUUGAUUGGAAACCCAUCUGGAUCGAAGUAGUGUUUUCCGUGUUCGUUGAUAUGAAACAUUGGACUCACUUUCGAUUUCAUAUCGAAAAGCUCGUGGCAAGAGCAUGAGAACAUUAAUUUGUUUGCUUAUUGCAUCUCCGAACAGAAAUAUAUGAUAAUAAUUAAUCAUAACUAGUACUCCAACGAGAUUUGUUUUCAUGUUCUUGAAUUCCUUUGGUAUCUACUCAUUCACACGAUAAGAGAAAGUGUAUGAAGAUAAGACCUGAGCAUUGCGUUCAAUUUAUUCUGAGGUGUUCUAACAAGAAUCGAGGUGAGAGGUUAAAGGCAUCCAUCCAUUUGAGAAUAAAUGUGAAUCAUUUUUUAUUCUGAAUACAGUACUAUUAUAUCUAUAACAUAAAUAAAAGGCAUGAGUUCCGAUAGAAAUAUGAGAUCAAGGUUCAGCUCUAUCAUCCGGCGAAGAAAUGCUUCACGAGAGUGGGGCAUUCUAGCCUUUCGUUCAUUUUAAAAGUCUGUAUGUGAGAAAAUUUUCACUCAUCGACAAUGCUCAACAAGUUCAAAUUUGGUCUAGGUUUGCAAGGCGCAAUGAUUUUUUUCGCAGUAUUCGUGAUUAUUCUAUUUUCGCUGCCUUCGGUCAUUGCGGAAAAACGUGAUAUAAAGUCAAUAAUGAUGGAGUUUCUCGGUUACAAAACUCCUUCUCGGGACUUUUCCAGUGAAAGUGAUUACGAUAAUGACAUAUUUGACCAGCCUUCCUCUGAUAAAUACAUAAAAAUGGUCAAUUUGGAGAAGGAAGUGACAGCUAUGAGAAUAGAGUAUAUUAAAUACCAAAUCCUGAAAAAGUUGCGCCUCAAAGAGAAGCCUCAGAUAUCACAAAAAGACCUUCAAAAGACCAAGGAGUACGCCAAUUUACUUCCCAACCAAGAGGAUCAUUUUCAAAGCCCCUACGAUGACGAUUUUUAUGGAAAAACUACACAGGCAGUUAUCUUUCCUUAUGAAGAUACUACCAGUUGUUCAAGAAAUACGAGAUUCCCAUCAGCUUGCUUACCAUUUCAGAUGCCAAGUGAUAUUUUUCCAUCAGAUGUUAGCUCCGCUGAGCUAAGGUUUUAUAAGGAGGCAGACGAUUUUGACUCUCACAAUCAGACCUUCGUCAUAUCUGAAAUAACACAUUGGGACGCAAAAAAAAGUUUUCAGAAAAACAGACCGAUAGCUAUUCAAGAAACCAGUUCAACAGAAAAUUGGUUGACCAUCGAUGUCACUUACGUGGUCAAAAACUGGUUAGAAUAUAAAUAUUCGUUGACGCAUGCUAUACACAUAACUUGUAAAACUUGUGGUAUGGAUAAAAAUCGGUCGCCGAUUUCUUUUCACACGAAACUGAAGCCUUUUCUUAUUAUUUAUACCCAUUCACAACACAGAAGGAUUAUGAAACAUAGAAGAGCUAGAAGGUCUUCAGAUUGCACUUUAAAUUCAAAAGAAUGCUGUAGGGAAAGACUACUAGUCUCUUUCGCUGAUAUUGGAUGGGAUAACUGGAUAAUUAUGCCUAAAGAAUACAAUGCUUAUUUCUGUAGAGGAUCUUGUACUGCCCCCUCUGCCCUUACUCUAAGUUCAUCGCAACAUAAUGGAUUAUUACAGAAAUUAAUCAAUGGCAAAAGGUUCAAGAAUAGACCAGGACCAGAGUUCACUAUGUGCUGCUCUGCUACCCAAUUCUCCCCUUUAAAGCUCGUUUAUAUGGACAACAACAAGACCCUUACAACGAAAGUACUAUCUAAUAUGAUAGUUGACAGUUGUGGCUGCAUGUAAUUUGAAAACAUAAAACAGUAUUUCAAUAAUUUGAAAGCUAGCUACUAUGAUGUAAGAGGUUCCAAUUGCAGUUUGAUUUUCGUCUGAAGACAUAAAUUGACAGAAACUGUAAAUUAUUCUAUAUAAGUCAGUAACAUCUUUAUGAUGAUAAAGUUUAUUCGUUUCAGAAUACUGCUCUUGUUCUGCAAUAUUUAUUAUAUUUGUUAUUUAUUGUACUAUUAUUUAUGUGUGGGAUAACGAUCAGCUAACCUACUCUAUUCUUUUAUUAUUUAUUAUGAUUUGUAUUACACCGAAAGCAUCAUUUUUUCCAUAUAAAUAUAUUUGAUAUUCAAAA